AUGUGGGCUGAGAGAGCCCGUGGCCCGGAGGGAGGAGGCCAGCCCGGGACCCUGCCCCCCGCGCCCCCCAGCACCAUGUGCAGCAGGACCGGACGGGAUGGGAAAGCCGCCGCCCCCCUGGGCCUUCAGGGCCACAUGGAGCCCCCAGCCGCCCGGCCACCAGCAGGGUGGCCUAGGAGGCUCAAGGCAGCCAUUGCGGGAUUCCGGGCCGCCUGCCCUGCCUCCUCCACCAUCUGUUUCCUCUUUAUCAUCUUCAUGACGUCCACCGUCUUCCACUCCUAUCAGCGCCUGGGCCGGGUGCCCGCCCCCUGGGCACACCCAGCCCACGUGGCCCUGGUCCCCGAACACCUGCCCCGAGAGGGCGCGUGGACCAUCAACUCCAUAGGCCGUCUGGGGAACUAGAUGGGCCAGUACGCCACCCUGUACGCCCUGGCCAAGGCGAACGGGCGGCCCGCCUUCAUCCCGGCCCGGAUGCACGGCCUGCUGGCCCCCGUGUUCAGGAGCACCCUUCCCGUCCUGCACCCCGAGGCGGCCAGCGGGAUCCCCUGGCGGGACUACCACCUGAACGACUGGAUGGAGGAGCGGUACCUCCACAUCGCGGGGCCGUACGUCUGCCUCACCGGCUACCCCUGCUCCUGGACCUUCUACCAC